UGGUAAAUGGUCAUGCCAAGGCGUGUCUGGGUGAUGGGUGAAGGAGAAGAGGCGGAUAGUGUGCUGUUUUACAACUUUAAAAAGAAAUCCUACCGUAGUCACUGCGGAUUUUUUUUUAAAACAAGGGAAAGAAGACUGCUGGAAGUUUAUGCACAGGCUACAGUCAUGUGGAGGAAAAGGCUUGGCUGAAGAUCAUACAAUUUGAAAAUGUAGAAAAGAUAUUCCGAAUCCCAACAUUGAAAUUCUACUUAACUACAUUCCAUGGAUUACAGUGUACUUCCAAACUACCAGUCAGUGAUGACUUCUGCAGCAUGGUUUUGUCUCAGUGCAGCCUGCUGUGACUGAAGCAGUAGCAACAUGUUCAGUGUGGAGGACCUCCUGAUUUCUCAUGGCUAUCAACCCCCAAAGAAAAGUUCAAAAGACAAACCCCUGCCUUCCGAUGAGAACAUCUAUACCAGCUGCCGUUGCGAAGUGAGAGAGAACAAGCCUAGCCAUGGCACAGUGAAUGGAUAUGAGACUGACACUGGGGCCUAUUCUGCCAGCAGGCAUGCACGCAGUCUGGAGGGCUCCUACAGUGACAGUGAGGGCAGGGAAAGGAGUGCAAGAAGACAGGCUGGUGUCAGCUGCUGCGCUGAUGUGCAGCGUUUGCCCACGUUUGCCACAAAGGAAGGAGGGUUAAACAGUGGUCCUCCGCUACCUUGUUCAUCCAGGCCCAAAUCUGGAAAGGAUGUCACAUAUUGGAGACGAAGAGGGCAAGACUUCAGUGUUUUAUUGGAUUACACGAACCAAGGAGACUCGGGCUGCAAAGGAAAUAAUAUGACAAAAGUUCUAACCAAUCCAAAGGCCGAACAACGAGGGAAAGGUUCGCAGGAUGCUCAACGGAAGAACAUGCAGCAUAAACCAGAAGUAACUAGAAUGAAUGAGCAAAAAAGUUGGAUGUCAGAAGGUCAGAGCGUGACAGUGAAAGGGAUGGUUGAAGACAAGUGGAGAACGCCAGAGGAUCGUAAGUGCCAGAGCUUGGGGACGGAGGAAUGGAAAGCGUCUUUAGGAAGACAGCUAUCUGAUGGUGAUGGAAGCAGAUGGAAACAGGGCAUACUGCCUCAUGUGGUUGAUGGUAAAGAAUUAAAAAGAGAUGGAUUGCCAUAUGUAAACAAGGGAAAGUCUCAGUCAUUGCCCAGAGUUAUUCCAGAAAGUAAUGGUAAGGAAUUUCAGACUGGUCUAUAUUAUGUAGAUAUGCCUGGGUUUGACAGAAAAAGAGCGGAAAAUCAAUUUUUGAAAGAUGAUCUUGUGUUGCAGGAUAACGGCUCUUAUUGUCAUCCUAAAACAAGUUCCAAGUGGACAGAAAAUCUUAGGCCAUGUACUCAGUUGCCAAAAGCGAAGUUGACCAGACCGCUGAAACCUCCUUCGUACGAACUGUAUCAGCAAAUUAGGAGAAGUUCAGAAAUGAUACCUAAUCUCCAUGUACAUGGGGAAACUGAUGGGCAAGUGGUUUCUUUGGCUAAGAACAGUGAAGCAAGUGUUGAUAGUAACUGCUGCCCUCAAGGUCCUGCUGGUAACAGCUUAUUACCUCCUGUCUAUGUGCCUCCCCCAUCUUACAAAGCACCACCUCAGCAGAAAACCAGUAAGAAAUGUUUUGAUAAAGUGCCUGCUUGUGAUAGCACAUGUCAGCCCUAUCAAUCAAUGGAUACUGUUACCGAUCAGUCUCACUGGUGUUUAGAUAACCAGGAGAGUGAACAUGCUCAUCGGAAAAAUAUGUCUCAUGAUAGUGACACAAAGCAACAUCUGCAAACCAAGAAUGUAAAUGAUGAUAUAUGUAAAAAUAUCCCUCACAAAAGACAGCCAUAUAGUUCGUCACAUAAUGGAUAUACAGAUGACCAAAAGGCUUUUGUCAAGUACAUACCAUUUAAUGAUCCUCGAUUAAGACAUAUUACUAUAGUGCCAUCUGAAAAGCAAUGCAUUGAAGCAGAUCAUAAGUACGAAUUGUGGAAUGCAAAGGACAAUGUUGCAGAUGGAAACAAGACAUUCAGACCAUCAGACCAUUGCAGUGCCUUUUCUGUUCCAUCAGGAUCAUAUUAUUCCACUCAGGCAGGCCUGAGGCCUAUUACUGAUACUAUGACUAGCAACAAAUGGUUUGUAGCAUCCAAGCCAGAGUUUGAGAAUGGUACUAAGCCUGAACAUUGUUCUAAGCCGUAUCUAGACAACCAGCUUGACAGCUCAUUCAAAUGUAAUUCCAGCGUUUUUUCAACCGUAAACCAUCCAGUUGGUUAUCCACAUUCAAAUGCCAAUUCUAAAGCAGAGCCGCAUGUGGUUCAAGACACUGUUGAAACCAUUACCCAGGUAAAGAAGUGGGAACCAGAUUCCCAGAGUUUUGAGGUGCAAGAGAACAAACACUCAAAAAGAAGAAUGACAGAAACAAUAUUUUGUCUUGUUUCGGUGCCAGUUAAAACAUGCGAAGAAGAGUCAAAUGAAGAUGUCUUUGUUAAUGAUGUGAGAAAUGGGAGCAUUGAUAGUGUUCUGAAUGAUAGCACUGGAAACUUAACAGAGCAAAGUUUUUUAAGUAUGUCUUCCUCUGACUUGGAAUUACAAGCACUGACAGGAAACAUGAUCUCAGAAAAUGGGUUGAAGCGACCUGAGCCCUGGAAUGAAGUUAGCAAUAGGCAUACAGUUGGCUAUAAUUUUAACCAACACAGAGAAUUAAGAGCUUCUGGCUCUUGGCCGGGUGACCAGUAUAGAGAUCAAGAAACGCAAACAAGCUUCGUUAAAGGUCCCCGUACCACUCGGUCAUUCAGUAGUGCUAUGAAAAAUAUUAGAACAGGUAGCCAGAUUCAAAGUCAGAACUGCUCAGAACCUGAAUCCAGUACAUUAAAGCAAGGGGAUAAAAGGAGUGCAGAAGUUACAGCCAUCAAUGAUCAGAAACGUAAGCUGAGUAACUGUUCAAUAAAUGGUCAGAUGAACUUGUAUCCCUGUACUGGUAGUGCUUUCUCAAGGGCAGCUCCUAAACAGCAUCAGGUCAAUCACACUAACUCACACCAAAGCCAUGUUCAUGGGGCUUCAAGAUGCUCACAGAAAGAGAGUGGAGGUGGAAAUGUGGAGAGUCAAGUUGAAAAGAGCAGAGUGGUUUCACAGACAUCAUCAGGCGAUGGCAGAGAGACUGUCGGGUUUGGUCAGUUCCUCUUGAAACCCGUAAGCCGCCGUCCUUGGGAUGCAAUUAGUGAAUUAGAAAGUUUCAACAAAGAGAUUCAGGAACAAGGGGAUCGUAAUAUUCAGGAACGGGAGAAGGAAAUUGAAGAUGGUGAGCUCAAUGUAAAUCAGUCAAUACAUUCCGACAGUCAGACUUACCAAACGCCUGAGCUGUGCAUGCCUAAAAAAUCAUCAGUCAAGCUGACAAAGCCCAAAGAAAAGAAGGACAGUGGCAGUGAUAAAAGUUGCUUAAAUUACACUAAUAUUACCCCUAAUGUACAAGUCCAUUCGAAACGGUCCACUGACAAUAACAAACUGAGCAGCCAGUCAAUCAAUCUAUUCCAAAAGCCCAUCGAUAAAAGAACAACAGAUACCAAAAGUAGCACAAUUCUAAAUGUGUUCACAACAAAAAAUGCAGAAUUCACUAAAUUAAAAAAUGAAAACAAUUUGGAAGGCACUAAGAGUAAAAGGCAAUGUAUAAAUGUCAAUGGAGUUCGAACACCUAUGUGUCAGUUAAUUCAAGAAAGGACAGAAAGCACAAAUGAUCCAGACACAUCAAACAAAGUGGAUGUGCCAGGCAACAAAACUCAGCCAGAUUUAGAAACUGAAUGUAAUGACAGUAUUAGAAAAAUGUUCACACAGUUUGACAAUGAUCAGGGUUACUCAGAACCCAAUCUGAACUCUCUAAACUGCCACAAAAGCACAAAGCCAAAAAUUGACAACCUGUACGACCUCUUUGCGCAAAAACCUGUGGAAGGAAUUUCGAAAAAUGAAUCAUUAGAAGAAAGAGCUGCAAGGAUUUUGGGAAUAGAUGUAGCUGGAGAAGCCUUGAUUUCUCCAGUUAAGAAGACAUCAUAUCAGAAUAUAGGAGAAAAUGAAACAAAAUCUCCUGCUGAUGUGGAACUAGGCCAUAAUGGUGAUCAUUUGUUGGUGGACAGGAAAGUCGCUUCAGUGAAACUGACAGACCACAUCAAGGAGAAAUCUUUGGACAGGAACAAGCUUUCAGAAUGGAAACAAAACCCUCUGUAUGGAACCUCAAGUGGAAAUAAUUUACAUGAGAAUAAAUUGCCGGAGCAUCUUGCUGCAAGUAACAAAGAGCUGGGGAAAAGGGCCAUUAUAAACGAGUUCUUUCAUGGACCUUUCAAGGAGUUUUAUAACUGGACUGAUACAAGUUGCUGUCUGAGCACAGAAAGCAGAGCUGUCUCUCCCCCAGGUGCAGACAAGAAAGAUCAAAGUACUUCAGAGAAGGUUGAAUCAUUGCAAGGCAAAAUUUCAUCAUCUCCCCCAAACCAAACAGCUCUCGACCGCUUGGCCAGAAUGAAAGAAGCAGAUUUGGUUUCCCGUAUCAGACGUGUCAGCAUCAAAAGUACUGGUUCUGGUGAUGAUUUUGAUGAGGAAAAAUGUAGAACAGAGAGGGGUGAAGAAGAAGCAGAUUGCAUGUUGGCCAGACGGGAAGAAACCUGCACAACAAGGAAGAGGGGCAUAUCAUUGGAUCAAGAAUUGGAAUCUAUUGCAUCUUCAAUGACAGCUGAUUCUGAGCGCAGACAGAUGGCAGAUGUUUAUGAUCCCAGCAAAGUUGAGACUGUGUGAAAAGAAGGAGAGAUGACAAGAGUGAAGAGAUUCUGGGAGAAUGUUAUGGAUUUUACACUGUGAUCUGUUUCACAAGACUCUCUUUCAUCAAAUGCAAACUCCUGGACUGCCUUUGCACACACUGUUUAUAUUAAUAAAUACAAUGAUAAAAUGCUGUAUCACUGCCAGGAAGAAAUUAGUCAGGCAUUGAAACUACUAUUAACCAUCCAGUGUCUGAACUGGAACAGACAGUACUGUUCAUUACAAAGAACAGUCUUCUAAAACUGGUAACUACAAUACUUGGUGCACAUGGGCACAUGGCACAAAAUCACCUCUAAUUUUCUAUUUAAUUGCCAUCCCAGUUUGAGUCCAGAGAAUGACUGAUAAAAUGCCAUAUUGAUGCGGUAAAGAGUUGCUCCUCUGAAGUUGAGUUUGAGGCAGAGUGGAGGAAUUGAAAUCCGCAAUGACUGACCUAGGAAUGCUUGACGCUUACACUGGACAUGCAAACUUAGGGAGUGUUCAUUUCUCCAGACGUAACACCAGCACACAUCUGAUAAGCACAAGAUUAAGAAAAUCAAGCAUUCCACGCCCAGCUCCCACUAAGUCAAUCUGAUAUCAAAUGGCAAUAUGGCUCACAUACAAUGUGUUUUACUGGAUUUCCUUUCUCUUUAUCCGCGGCAUUUGUAAAUUCACUGAUUUACGACUUAAUUACAAGCAAUUAGUGGGGAGAUGGUGGCCUAGUGGUAUUAUCACUGGACUGUUAAUCCCGAGACCCAGAUAAUGUUCUGGAGACGUGGGUUCAAAUC